AUGGCCGACCCCCGAACCCCCGGCGAAUUCAGGUCGCCCGAACAAGAACUACCCGAACGAUCGCAGGAGUCAGGGGCCCCUGCCCGAUACCCAGCUCUCUAUGAGGUCUCCCCAUCGCCUGGCCCCUUGAAGGCCCCGAAGCGAGCCACUAAAACGCGGUUCAAUAGGCAAGAAGGGAUUGAAUGGAUGACCAAACACCCCGCGAAAGCCGCGAAAGUUCUUGGCAAAGCGGCUCACGUCGCAGACCCCGAAUUCGAAGCAUAUUACGAAGUCGAUGAGAUUCUAUCCAGCAGGAUGCAUGCAACUGAAGACAUGGACGGUCCAGGCUCUAAACCAUCUGCCGGUAGCGAUGGCGUAGUCUUCAAACGAAUGCUGGUGCCCGCGUGUAUCAGACCCACGAUAUCUAAUUCUGAACGGCUAAUGUGUCUUCGGAUGAGCGUGGGUAGUAUCGACAUCGGGCAAAGUGAAGACUAUGUUUUGCCCAGAGCCAUGGGAUAUCAUGAAAACUCACCAACGGCGAUGAACAAUCAUUCGUCGCCCAACUGA